UUUGCUUUCCUCCCCUCGCUACGCAGACGGGAUGUUUUUCUUUAUUUUUUUUUGUGGUGGUGGCGGUGGUCGUUCCGCUCUCCCGGACCAACACCACCAUUACCCGCUGGGGAACAGCGACCACUGACGCGCGUCGUGGGGUGUGUGCGUGGAGUUUGGGGGGCUCCCGUGACUACCAGCUGUGUUGGUGUGUGCGCGACAGACACCCCCCGCCCCAAAAAAAGUUGGGACCCUCCCGGCCGGGGGAGCCGCGCUUUGCCGCCGAGCGGUGGGGUCGGCGCCCGCGAGAAGUGGCCCCGAGUGGCUCGAGCGGGGCGGGGGGUCCCGGGUGGUGCGGGGAGAGAGAGGGGACCCCCCACCCCGGCCCCCACAGCCGCUGCUGCACGCCGGGGGAGAGAGGGAGGGAGCCGGGCUGAAACUUCUCCACAACUUCCUUCCUCCCCGGCGGGCCGGGUCUAGUAUGCAGAAUUCCGAGGGCGGAUCCGACUCGGCGGCCACUGUUGCUCUGAGAACUUCCACAUCGGCCCAGGCCCCCGUUGUGCAGCCGGUCCCGGCCUCCCAGCAGAGGGUGCUGGUGCAGGCCACGGGCUCAGCCCAGAAGGGAGGACAGGUGCAGCAGCUUUCUGUACCCAGAGUGCAGCAGGUCCCACAGCAGGUACAGCAGGUGCAGCAUGUGUACCCCUCACAGGUCCAGUAUGUAGAAGGUGGAGAGGCUGUCUACACCAAUGGAACCAUCCGCACCGCCUACUCCUAUAACCCAGAGGCUCAGCUGUACAGCCAGGGUAGCGGGGGGACCUAUUUUGACUCGCAAGCGGGGGGCGCCCAGGUCACCACCGUGGUGUCCUCGGCCAGCGGCGUGCCCCCGCACGGCAUGGUGGGUAUCGCCAUGGACGUGGGCGGCAGCCAGAUCCUCUCCAGCGGCGGCGCCUACCUCAUCCACGGGGCGGGCAUGGAGGGCAGCCGGCACCACGCCUCGCACGCCUCCCGCUCCUCCUCUGCCAUGCUUGAAAUGGCGAUUGAAAACCUCCAAAAGUCUGAAGGGAUUGCAUCUCACAAAAGCAGCCUGCUCAACAGCCAUCUGCAGUGGCUCCUAGACAACUACGAGACUGCGGAGGGAGUCAGCUUGCCUCGCAGCUCCUUGUACAAUCACUACCUGCGGCACUGCCAGGAGCAGAAACUGGACCCGGUCAACGCUGCUUCCUUCGGCAAGCUCAUCCGCUCCGUCUUCAUGGGCCUCAGGACCCGGCGGCUUGGCACCAGGGGGAACUCAAAGUAUCACUACUAUGGAAUUCGUCUGAAGCCCGACUCCCCCCUGAACCGCUUGCAGGAAGACUCCCAGUAUAUGGCCAUGAGGCAGCAGCCUGUGCACCAGAAACAGAGGUUUAAGCCCCUGCAAAAAGUGGAUGGCAUGGGUGACAGCUUAGCAGGCGGAGCCCAGCAUUCGACUGCAACCCCAGAACAGUCAGUGGCAGCUCAGAGUCAGCAUCACCAGCAGUUUAUUGAUGUGUCCCAUGUGCUGCCCCCGUUCCCCAGCCUCGAUCUGGGCGCCGUUCCCCUCCCAGACUGCAUCAGCGUGAGCGACGUGAAGAGGCUGCAGUCUCUCUACAGGGACCACUGCGAGGCCACUCUAGAUGUGGUGAUGAACCUGCAGUUCCACUUCAUCGAGAAGCUGUGGCAGUCCUUCUGGUGUUCAACAGCGCCAUCUAGCGACGGAGCGACUCCUGUUCCUCCCAGUGAGGAGGAGACGGAGAGUGCCAUCCCCAGAGACACGCUGAUCGCCCUGUGCAAGUACGAGCCGAUCAAGCUAUGGAUGAGAAGCUGUGACCACAUUCUGUACCAGGCAUUAGUGGAGAUUCUCAUCCCGGACGUGCUCCGACCGGUGCCCAGUACCCUCACCCAGGCCAUCCGGAACUUUGCCAAGAGUCUGGAGGGCUGGCUGAACACGGCCAUGAGCGAUUUCCCGCAGGAGAUAGUGCGCACCAAGGCGGCAGUAGUGAGUGCUUUUGCGCAGACCCUGAGGCGGUAUACCUCUCUCAACCACCUGGCCCAAGCUGCACGGGCGGUCUUGCAGAACACCUCACAGAUCAACCAGAUGCUGAGCGACCUCAACAGGGUGGACUUCGCCAAUGUGCAGGAGCAGGCCUCCUGGGUGUGCCAGUGCGAGGAGGGCAUGGUGCAGCGCCUGGAGCAGGACUUCAAGGUCACCCUGCAGCAGCAGAGCUCCCUGGACCAGUGGGCCGCCUGGCUGGACAACGUGGUCAGCCAGGUCCUUAAACCCCACGAGGGCAGCCCCAGCUUCCCCAAGGCUGCCCGCCAGUUCCUGCUCAAGUGGUCCUUCUACAGCUCCAUGGUGAUCCGGGACCUGACCCUGCGCAGCGCUGCCAGCUUCGGCUCUUUCCACCUGAUCCGGCUGCUGUACGACGAGUACAUGUUUUACCUGGUGGAGCACCGCGUGGCCCAGGCCACCGGAGAGACGCCCAUCGCCGUGAUGGGGGAGUUCAGUGAUCUAAAUUCCAUGAUGCCCAUGCUUAUGGAUAAAGAGCCCUCGCACUUCUCCGACGACAUGAGCGACUUGGGCAGCGAAGUGGACGGUGUGGCCCGGGGCCCUGCCGAGCCGCCGGUCAAGAGGGAGCGCAUCGAGCUCAACCACUCCCUGCAGGAGAUCUGAGUCCGCCGCCACCAGGGGGCGACUGCAGCUUUAAAGGCAGCCAAAAGACGAAGCAGUGGGCUUCCUGCCCUUCACUCACACGAGGACCAUCCUGUUCCGCAGGAUAUGUACAUACACACGAUGUGCAUUUCAGUGGUAGCCCUCUUAGGUACCUCCUCUCUUAGCUUUCAUAGGAGCUGUCCUUGUAUUUUUAUAUUCCCAAUGAAUAUGAAUGCAGCUUUUUUUUUAAUUUGGAGGGAUUUGCCUACUGCUCCAGUUUUCCUUCUUUUUGUUAAUUUUAACUGUGAAUAUGAAAAUGAAAUGGAUGUUGUACAUUACUUUAGAGUAGUCAUACACUUAACCUGGAGUGAUGUUUUCAUAGGUGUGCCAUAGUUUUAAUACAGUGCCUUAGAUGAAAAACCAACAGCAACACAAAAAGGUUCCCUUUUUCAGCUGUGCCUAUUUGUAUUUACUGCAGUCAGAAUGAGAGUAGUGUUUCUUCCUUUGUGUGACUUGUUCAAAACCUAGAUUCCAAAGCACCUUGAAACCGGUGGAGGAUUUGUUGACUACUGAGAGCUUUGCUUGAGUAGGACAAGCACGACCCAGAAACUAAUGCUAACCUGCCCUGGGUGGACAGAAUGCUGCUGUGUAUCAGGAAACCGAGGUAAUAGUGUGGAUAAGGAGAGGGGGUUUUGCAGAAGGAUGUAUCUUGCAUUAACUUUGGUUCCUCUGUAGGAAGUCUGGCAGUGUUUUAAAACAUGCUGUUGAAAGGAUUAGUGUGGUCCAGAAUGCCAGGUGUUGGGUAUGAUGCCAUAAUCAAUUUUUUGUUAGUGUAGAUUUGUGUAAAAUGAAAACACUUUGUUUAACCUGGAAACAGAAUCUGGAUUAAUUAUAAACAAGAGGCGACUGUAUCCAUCCCCUGAGCUCUUCCCUGCAGCGUGCACUGGUGGGGUGCAGUACCCUGGAUGACCAGUUCUUCUGCAGUGGACAGCAGGAGUUCAGAGCACAGGAGGAUUUUAUUCGUCAGCCCUCAGGUGAUGGUGAGCUCCAGUAAACCAGCCUCUCUAUGGAACUGUGUCAAAUACACUACACAAAAUCUUUAUCUGGUUCAUCCUGGCCUGCAACAAGAGUUGGGUCAAGUCAGCACUUUCUGUUUAAAAUGGCUAAUCAAUCAAAUUCCUGAUUGGUGGAUUUUAAAGGACUGUAUCUCAGUGACCUCUCUGCUAAUGUCUUGUUCUCUACCCACUGACAACACCAAGCCUGUAGCUUCUUUAAAUGUUACCUCAGCCCCCUCUGUCCCUAGACCUCUCUACUUCCUCUUUUGCAUACUGGCAGAGAUUCACCUGUCUCUGAGUGAAAGAGCUACUUCUGCCCUGUGUGGUCUGAGUUGAAUGGAAAAACUUUCCAUUUUAAAGGAAUUCCAGCACAAUGCAGGAAUUUGUUAUACAUGGGGGAGUGCGUGAAAAUACGCAAGGUGUUUGCAAAACUCAAGGCACGAGCAGGAGUUCCUUUCCGUUGAGUACCUUCUGCUUAUGCAGUACCUAGGGUGUGUGCAGGAUCCCGUACAGCGCAUAUUCCCUCUUACAGAGUUGGAGCCUGUGCAAAAUCGAGUGGUGCGUGACAGGUCUGCAGAUGCCGGUGUUGAGGGUUAGCACCUGACUCUUUCACUUACAAUAUGUUUCUGAGGAUUAGUCCAAUCUUACCUUUUUGUGCCUCACUGUCACCUGUAUUGAAAUUAGCCUCAAAACAUUGCACCAAAAAUAGGCCACUUUCCCGUCUAGGGUGACCUUGUCAGCAAGUGCCACCAUAGUGCAUUAGACUGUACAGAUCUCACCCCUAACCUCCAGACUGUUCUCCUCUGUUUUGGUGCAACAUUGAGGCAAAAACCCCUUAUAGCAGUUGUUGUUACCUGUGCAUUUCUUCCUGUGGGGCUCUUCUUAGGGAAAUUUAAAAACUAUUUUUGUACUGCAUUGUAUCUAUUAUUUGGAGUAAAGCUGAUCUACAAAAAAGGCUGUAGCUAAUUGUUCCAGAUGCAGUUUUAUUUAUACAUUAACUAUGUAGCAGUUUAUUAACUUUUUUGUAAUAUAGGAAAGGGAAAUUGAUUUUUUAAAACCAAAUUGUAAAAUAUAUAUAUUUACUUUCAUGAACUGUUGAAUUGUAGGAAAGUUAUCAAUACUUUUUUGUGGCCUUUUAAGAUGACGGUUGUGCCAUUUUUCUGUAACAUGGACUUUUACUGGUUCUGGUUCAGUUGAUGUAUUUUUUUUCUUUGCCACAUUGUGGAUACUGUAUAACUGGGCUUCUAUCCAAUUCAACUUGGUUGCUGAAUUGAAUCAAAUCCUUAGUCUGAGCAAGGGUUUGUUACCACUUUACAACCCUUUUAAGAGCAGAAAAUAAUUGAAAAGUUACAUGGAAAUCAGUCUCUGUUGAUUCCAGAAAUGAAAUCAAUUGAAAAGGGCCUGUUUAGGAAAUGGUCUUCAGGCAGGAAGAACAACAAGAGGACCUGGAUUAUGAAGGCCUGAUGUAUCGCAGUUUGAUACAGCAACUUCUGCCAUCUGUACCAAACUUCACUGCUCCUUGAUACAUAGUUUUCAAAAUACAGGUGUUUAAACAAGACAACAAGCACCCCACAGUUCAUCACAGGUGAUGUUUCCGCCUUCUUAGUUUCCAGGGUCAGGUGAUUCCCUUUAAGAUUUUCCAUCUCAAACCUUUAAGUGAUCAGUUCUAUAUCAGUGUUUGCACUGUAUCCUAUGUAAUAAAACUGUGCUUUCCAAGUUCUGCUACCACACAAGCUGUAAAAAUCGUUUUUCCUGGGCUAUCUGUUAUAAACAAAUGUAACCAGCUGUAGAGCCCAGAGGGUGUCUUCUCCAAAGUGCACCCCAGUACUGGUGGAAGCUGAAGAUACUCACCUCCAGCUGUAAUUGGGGCCCCUGGCAAUGUUUGGCAGCCAAAGUCUUCAGGAAGUUCUUGUCGUGUGCUUUUGUCUGUUUUCUACAACCAGCUACGAGUGUUGUUUGUCCUGGAUUGUGAGGAAACCUGCCGUUUUUCUUUGGCUUAAAAGUUUGAGAUUUGGGCCAUGGGUUUUUUUUUUAUUGUACUAGUUUGGGUUCUUAUUUUUGGUAUUUUAUACCUUGUUUUUUUAAAAAUAUAUUUUUAAAACCGCUCUGGAUUACACACUUUAUUUAGCCCAGGGACUGCUAAAACAAUCCCUAACUUACUGAAUACAGUUCAAUUGUAUUUUGUACUGGUUAAAAUGUUCAAUAAAUUGGUGUAAAAAUUCAAGUAAAACCGUGUGAUUUUACUACCCAGCUUUUUAUCGUAGUGAAUCAAAAGGUCCAGCUUUUCUAUUUCACAAAACAGAAGAGGCAGCUAAGUCAGGUCAGCCGGUUUUACCAUCUAGAUUUC